CCAGUGGAUUCGAGACACGAAAGGACUCAGUUUCAAACUAAAAAUUCCAAAGUUUCGAAAAAGGGUUUCGAGUGGCGCGAAACAACAACGAGUGAUACAAUUACUCUAGCUGAAAGUCAAGAGAGAGUUUUUGACAAGUGUUAGUUGAUUAUUUUCCAAGUUUUUUUUUAGUGUUGGCCAGUGCUUUGGACCAGUUUCGAAGCUUCGCUUGUUUUUCGAACAAGCAUCCCCAUCAGAGUAAACACAUGAAAAGUCAUGCCAAUGGAAGCUAGGACAGUAUUAUGAUGAACUUUCUGGUGGUGAAGGAGAGCGGCGAGCGGAUCGCCGACAUCAGCUGUAGCCAGGAGCAUACUACUACCCAAUAUUCACCAAAACUGUCCCAAGUAGCCAAGCAUCGCAAGCUGGCGCAGCUCGAGAUUGCAUCAGGAUCGGGAUUGUUGGGAUCAGGAACGGGAACCGGAACCGGAAGUGGGUGCGGUCCAGCUAUUCGGUGGCAGCUACUGCUACUGCUUCUGCUCUGUAACUGCAUUGAUCUUACCGUUUCGAACAAAAUCUCCUCAGUGGGCGCCUUCGAGCCGGACUUUGUGAUUCCGCUGGAGAACGUGACCAUCGCACAAGGUCGGGACGCGACCUUCACGUGCGUGGUGAACAAUCUCGGGGGUCAUCGGGUGAGUGGUGACGGUUCGUCAGCCCCAGCCAAGGUCGCCUGGAUUAAGGCCGAUGCCAAGGCAAUUCUGGCCAUUCACGAGCACGUGAUAACCAACAAUGAUCGAUUAUCGGUGCAGCACAACGACUACAACACAUGGACGCUCAACAUACGCGGCGUCAAAAUGGAGGACGCCGGCAAAUACAUGUGUCAGGUCAACACGGAUCCCAUGAAGAUGCAGACGGCCACCUUGGAAGUGGUCAUCCCACCGGACAUUAUAAACGAAGAGACCUCCGGAGACAUGAUGGUCCCUGAGGGCGGAUCCGCCAAGCUCGUUUGCCGAGCACGUGGUCAUCCGAAGCCGAAGAUCACGUGGCGACGAGAAGAUGGCAGGGAGAUUAUUGCCCGCAACGGCUCGCACCAGAAAACCAAAGCACAAUCGGUGGAGGGCGAAAUGCUGACGCUGUCGAAGAUCACGCGAUCGGAAAUGGGCGCCUACAUGUGCAUUGCCUCCAACGGAGUGCCGCCGACGGUGAGCAAGCGGAUGAAGCUACAGGUGCACUUUCAUCCGCUGGUGCAAGUGCCAAAUCAAUUGGUCGGCGCCCCGGUCCUUACGGAUGUCACAUUAAUUUGCAAUGUCGAGGCAUCGCCGAAGGCCAUCAAUUAUUGGCAGCGCGAGAAUGGUGAAAUGAUUAUUGCCGGCGAUCGUUACGCGCUCACCGAAAAGGAGAAUAAUAUGUAUGCCAUCGAGAUGAUCCUGCACAUCAAGCGGCUGCAGUCAAGCGAUUUCGGUGGCUACAAAUGUAUAUCGAAAAACAGCAUUGGCGACACCGAGGGCACCAUCCGUCUAUAUGAAAUGGAGCGUCCCGGGAAAAAAAUCCUUCGUGAUGAUGAUCUCAACGAAGUGUCGAAAAACGAGGUGGUGCAGAAGGACACGCGCAGCGAGGAUGGGUCACGCAACCUGAACGGCAGACUCUACAAGGACCGCGCUCCGGAUCAGCACCCGGCCAGCGGGAGUGACCCGCUGCUCGGACGCGGGACAAUGCGGCUAAUCGGGACAUUUCUAUUAGCCUUAUUGGUAUUAUUCACAGCGCUGGCCGAGGCCGGGCCAACAACAUUGUCCUGCCGCACAAAAGGCGGCAGACAAAAGAAGGCCAAGGAAACGAGCUGGAACGGGCGGCGGGGCAGGGACGGCAGAGAGGAUGGGCACGCGGCUGAGUGGAGACAGUGCUGGGAGAGAUCGGCGCUUAGUUGGAGGCGGUCAGCGCCUCCGGAGUUAGAUUAUUAUAGCUUAAUUCAAUUGUAAUUAUACAAACAAGAUUAUGAUGCAAGGGGCUCCUGCUCCCGAGUCCCGGUCCUGCCACACACACACACGCUCACACGGGCCAGGAAACGAAGGCAUUAAUCAAUGGGGAUGGCGGGGUCACCACCACUUCACUGGCUAAUCAUCUACGCCCAUGCUAAUUGCAAGGGGGGACGGGACAGGGCUAAUUGAAUGCAUAUUAAAUCAAAAGGAAGAGCGAAAACUAAAGUGUCGUAGUUAAGUGGAAAAGAAAACUCGUUUAAAUGUUACCUCGUUAGUGGAAAAUGAUGGCAAGGAAACCCCCAGUCCCCACAACUGGACGUCAACUAUAAAUCAUAUUACGAUUAAAUGGUGUUCGGCUCUUUAAAUGGCUUUAGCUACUAUAAAGUAAACAAAAGUACGCCCGCAGGAUAUUUGCGUACUAUAAAUAAUGAUUACGGUAAAGACAUUGAUACGGAUAUUUCUACCUGUCUAUAUAAUAAGUAACGUUUGCUUUCGUUCAACUAAGACCCUAAUUUGUUGAGUUCGUGUUUCUAGAUGAAAUAUAUACACGUAUACAUGAAUCUAUAUGUAUUAGGUGUUUAAUCAGAAGUUCUGUAUAUAUAUUUAAGGCGCCUGCUCAAAGAGAAGGACUUCCGCGGCUAAAGAAAUACGUUUAGACGAUCCUUGCAUAUCGUAAGCUGUAAAUAUUUACACCCUUAGUGAACCCGAGAAAGUUUCGUUGUAAUUAUGGUAAAAAUGGUUCUAUUUUGGAUCCCUUUGUUCUCACCUUCGUUCUCACGGCUCAAAAGACUAAUGCGGACCCUAGAUUUAAGCCAUAUUUGGAAUCCCAUAAGCAUAGUAUCCGCCAAUGGUGUGUGUGUGUGCGUGAUUUUAGCUUAGAAAAUUUAACAUGACUAAUGUUCUUAUACUUUAAAAUAUCUACAACACUGGAAUGUUAGAUUCAUUUUUGAUUUCGGUGUGUUGAGUUGGAGUCUGGGCACUCUAAACUCGAUGCAUUGGGAAUUGCAUGUGUGGUAUAAAAAACGCAGUAACGUGCACACUUUCAGGCGACUUUAAAUUGUUUACUAUGUAGGAAAGCAUUAUUAUACUUUUAAAAAUUCUUGAUUGCUUGAAUGUAGAGAUUUAAAAAGUUCUUCAGACCUUAUUUUAUUUAUAAAGGAUAUUUGGGGUCCUUCAAUAUUAGAUUUGCGACAUACAUUUCCUAACGCCAGACUCACACACACACACUGAAGCCAGCCGCGUACUUGUUUCCGUAUUACUCAUGUGUGCGUGUCCAGCUCAAUUCCAUGUUUAAAUAGAAUGUAAAGCAAAGGAAAGGAAAUCAGAAUAAACAGAAAUAAAUGUGCCAAAAGCAUUAAAAGCAACUCGAAUUAAAUCAGUGCGCGAGGCGAAGAAAAUAAGCAGAGCUAAUACCGAAUAAAAUGUGUGUGUUCAUAUCUGAAAUACAAAAUACAAAAUACAAAAUACAAAAUACAAAAUACAAGAUACAAAAUACAGUAAUACCCAGACAUAUGUAUAAUCCGCAUAUCCAACUCCGUUCCCCCAAAAUCCAGUUGGUAAGAAUUUGAAGGCCGACUACUCAGAUGUACUCUGACUCAUAUAUACGUACCAAAAAGCAAAAGGAGGGAGUAUAAUCCAUUUUAAAUUUAAUGGAGAUAUGAAUAAAGUAAAGUUAAUUAAAUAUAGGGAAUAUUUUUUUUUUGCGGGUACGCGAGUAACGUAAUCGCCUAGCAAAUCAAAGUUACGUUUAACCUACACGUGUAAGGCAAGGAAAAUAAUGAUGAACUCAUCGAAAUGGAAUCCCACAGGCCAUCGCAUUGUUGAAAAAUGGUAACUACGAGUACAUUUAGUGGAAAUUGCGGGCGGGGAUGGCAGUCAAGGUAAACUAACCUAUAGUAAAACGUAAGAAUUAACGAACUAAGCCAGAAAACCAUUCAAGUCAUAAAGCAUUCAAUGUCUACGCUACAGCCAUACGAAAAUAAACCAUAAACGAGAAGAGUAUACAAAUAUUUGACAACUACAUAUGCAAUGAGAAUAUCCAACAAUUUAAACCCCAUGUAAAACAAAAACGAAAGUUUGCUGCGUAAUAAUGCGAAAUUCCAUGAUUCUUGAUUCAACAAAAUAACGUAAAGAUAAAAUAGCAUUUAGUUGGAUUUGUGUUUAUGUAUGUAUAUAAGAAAUAAGCGAAAACAAAUGUUUGUACUGUAAAAUCUGAUUAUGAAACUGAAUAUUCAAAACGCGCAAUCGAAAAGACCCCACAAACAAAAUAAAAAAAAAGAUAAUAAAAAAAGGAAAGUAAAUAAAGAGAAAUACCUAUGGAAACCUAAUAAGCAUUCAAUCAAUUUAACAUAGCACGGUAAGUGGAAAUGGUCUGAUGAAAGUUAUCCCCAUUCAACGCAUUAUGUAUUUUAUUAACUUUCCAGCGGUUUGAUACCCGGAAAAUUAUUUUCAGCCG